UCCAUGACCAGCGCGUCACGUUCAGUUUUGGGGAGGUCCAGAAAAUGAACUGGUGCACUCCUGGGCUCAGAAGUCCACAGGCAGCCAUGGCAGAGACUUCGGAGAAAAUACCUAUCGCUAUGGCUGGUCCAGAGGAGCUAGAACCAUGUUUACCACCUGCAUACACGGCCGAGACCAUGAAGCCCUCCAGUAGUAGCCGUCUUCUGAAAAUUGGAGCUGUGGUUCUUAUCGCGGGAGCAGCUCUCCUGCUUUUCGGAGCUAUUGGUGCUUUUUACUUUUGGAAAGUCGAGGACAAGCAUGUGUACAAUAUCCACUACAGCAUGAGCAUCAAUGGGAAAAUAGAGGAAGGCUCCAUGGAAAUUGAUUCAGAAAAUAACAUGGAGAUGUUCCGAACAGGAAGUGGACCUGAUGAAGCCGUGGAAGUUCACGACUUUCACAUUGGAAUAACAGGGAUUCGGUUCUCUGGAGGCGAGAAAUGCUUCAUUAAGACACAGGUCAAAGCUCACCUUCCUGAAGUGGAAACACUGAACAAAGAGUCAUUGAUGUUUGAUUUGGAAGAUGAGAUCAUGCCGGCAAAGUUUGAUGAGGAGUCUCUGAUCUGGGUGGCUGCAGACCAGCCCUUGAAGGACAACAGCUUCCUCAGCGCCAAAAUCCUAGAGCUCUGUGGAGACCUUCCUAUUUUCUGGCUCCGCCCCACCUACCCAAAAGGUGGACGGCGGAGGAGGAGGGAUGUCCAGCGGGGAAAGCGUCAAGCCGUCACCGAGGCAAUGGCUGCCAUGGAAAUAACUCCCACUGAGCAGCCAGUCACCAAGGAGAUGGUCACUGAGGAGACAACUGGCAUGGCAGGGACGGUCUCCUCGGAGAUCAGCCCCACUGAAGAGACGGGCACUAAAGAGACCAUCACUGAGGAUAUCACUGUGGGGGAUGCGAUUACCGUGGAGAUGACCCUUGCCGACACGGUCACAGGUGAGACGGCCACGGUCGAUACAACCUACGACCCCACGGCUGCCACCGAGAUAUCAUCUGCAGACCUAGUUACUGCUGAAAUUGCCUCAGCGGACCUGGUCACUGCGGGGAUAUCCUCAGGAGACUUGAUCACUGUGGAGAUGACAUCCGCGGACUUGGUCACCAUGGAGAUAGCAUCCGCAGACUCGGUCACCGUGGAGAUGGCGUCCGGUGACGUGGUCACCGUGGAGUUGACCUCUGGGGAUCUGCCGACCAUGGAGAUGACCUCGGGGGAAGCGGCUACCGUGGCAGUGACUCCAGCAGAGGUGGCCCGUGAGGAGAUCGAGGCUACAGAGAUGCCAAUCCCAGAGCCAACUGUGGUGGAACACAAAACUGAAGCCACUACCAAGAAAGCCACUGUGGAGGAGGAAGAAAAGGAGGAGGAGCCACCAUACAACCCAGAAAACCCCUAUCAGCAGCGCAAUCUGGAAGGAGAGGAGGGCACCAUGACCUUUGACCCCAUGCUGGACCACCAAGGAAUCUGUUGUACGGAGUGCACACGUGGCCACACCCACUGCCAGAGGAUAUGUGAGCCACUGGGGGGGUACCACCCCUGGCCCUAUCACUACCGGGGCUGCCGCGUGGCCUGCAGGGUCAUCAUGCCCUGCCGCUGGUGGGUCGGCCGCAUUUUGGGCAUCCUUUAAGGCCUCCCGUCCUCCCUCCCGGUAACCUCACGGCAACACAGCAAACAAGGCCAGGCCAAAAAAGCCCCCCCCCCUUCCCCCCCACUUAAUCCGGCCCCUUUCACUCCAUAAGCAAGUCAUUCCCACAUACCAGUCUUUCGGUUUUUUGCCGUCUUGUUUAGGUUAGAUUUUUUUGUUUUGGGCUCCAUUCUUUCUGGGUGUAAAUAAACAGAAGGUGCUAGCUAUGUUUGUACCAAAUCUCUCACUUAUCACAAUUUCCCGCUUUGAUGGAUUUAAGCAGCAAGUUUUUAUGUUUUUUUUUUUUGCACAAAUCAGCUAGGUGAAGUAAAUCAGCAAAGUUUUUGUUACACAGUGCUAGCAGGAACAUCAGUAGAUGCAAUCCUCUGCUGAGACUUCACUGAAAAAACUGUAUAUAUAUAUAAAUAUAUAUCUAUGUAGCUUUUUUAAUAUACUAAUACAUCCCAUCACUAUUACUGAUCUCUCAAAUCAUGGAUUAUAGUACUUUAUUUUUUACCUGACACCAUUUUUUAAAUAAAAAUGACUCUGGAGGAAAAAAAAAACUAAAGACUCUAUAUAGCAUUACGUUUAUAACGAAUCGUGCAUGAUGGUUUUCUGUUAACUACAAUUUUUGUAUUUAUGUACCUACGCUUUGACGCACUGUAAGUUUGAGAACAUAGAGCAAUAAAUUAAGGCAUCCCAAAGGUA